AUAACUGCUUCUUCUUCCUCCCAUCCCUCUCCCUCCCUUUCUCUUCUGCUCAAAUAAUUCGCUCCUAUUCUCGCUAAAUGAUCAAUUUCAAGAAUCGGAGAAACGUUUUCCCUUGAUUUCCUGCUCAAAUUCGUGCCGCUUUUUAUCCAUAUAAUUUUCUUGUUUCGCUGUACUUGGAUUGUUUUGCGUGAACGUGGGGUUUUUCUUGAUUGUUCUUUUCUUUUCUGUUGGGUUUUCGGAGCUGAUAUAACCGCAUUCUGUGCUGUGUUUCUUUUCCCAAUGUGGUGAAAGCUUCACAAUGUAGUUAUUUAGGCUUGUUGGUUCUUGCUUCUUUUGCGCUUGCUGCAGAGAGCUGCCAUUUCUAAAUGUGUUAUCAAUUGUUAACUACUUGAUGUUAAAUGUGGUUUUCGAGAUUUUCGUUGCAAUGGCACUUGUAUUUACAGAAAUGCAUUAUUUUAUCUGAGUUUAAUUGCAGUGACCUCCUUUGAGAAUGAGCUAAAUCACUUACUGUAAUCUUUCCUCUCAUGCAAUUUUCAACAGCUAUUCUUUAAGUGUACCCUUCUAAAAUCUUGUGCUUGGGCAUCAAUGGAGGAUGCUGUUGCCUUUGUAAAAAAUAUGUUAUCAAACAUGCUUUUGCUGGUACUUACCGCCGUGAUGUUGUUGUAUGCCUCUGCACAUGACAGAAUCAUGAAUGUGGUGGUUAUUUCUUUUUCCUGUGGCAGUGAAAUGUAAACUAAAUGCAGAACUGUAUAAAAGCUCUUAUCUUCAUUGCUCUAUAGAGCUCAAAUUCAUGUCCAAUUUGCCAGGUUGCUACACAACACCUUAUUGCAGGACAACGAGUUGUUGUCAUGGAUAUAGAUCUUAGGUUGCCUUCUGGAGAACAUGAUAAAGAAUUAGAAGAGCCUAAUGGAAUUGUUAAUAUGCUAGAUGGGGAAGAGAAGCCCCUCAAUGUAGAUGGAGUGGGUGAGAGUAUGGGAGACGAGGAUAAGUUGCAUGUCGAAGAUGGAGAUGAUGUGAAUUCUCCGUUACCUGAUAUAGAUUUCAAAGAUGUGACAAUUCUUGAGCCACUUCCUGGUAUGGAAUUUGGGUCUCAUGGGGACGCCUAUGCUUUCUAUCAGGAAUAUGCUAGAUCUGUGGGAUUCAGUACUGCAAUUCAGAAUAGCCGCCGGUCAAAAACAUCAAGGGAAUUCAUUGACGCAAAAUUCGCAUGCUCUAGAUAUGGCACAAAACGUGAGUACGAGAAAUCUUUGAACCGCCCGCGCAGUAGACAAGGAAGCAAUCAGGAUGCUGAGAAUGCUACAGGUCGUCGAGCAUGUGCAAAGACAGAUUGUAAAGCAAGUAUGCACGUUAAGAGAAGGUCCGAUGGGAAGUGGAUAAUCCAUAGAUUUGAGAAAGAGCAUAACCAUGAACUGUUACCUGCCCAAGCUGUAAGUGAACAAACCAGAAGGAUGUAUGCUGCAAUGGCUAGACAGUUUGCUGAAUAUAAAAGUGCAGUCGGUCUUAAACAUGACUCCAGAAGCCAAUUCGAAAAAGGCAGGAAUAUGGCAAUGGAUGCAGUAGAGGCGAGUGCUAUGCUUGAGUUUUUUGUCCAUAUGCAGACUCUGAAUUCAAACUUCUUUUAUGCAGUGGAUGUUGGUGAGGAUCAACGUCUGAAAAGUCUAUUAUGGAUUGAUGCCAAAAGCAGGCAUGACUAUCCCAAUUUCAGUGAUGUUGUAUCUUUUGAUACGAGCUAUAUAAGAAACAAGUAUAAAAUGCCUCUAGCUCUAUUUGUUGGGGUCAACCAGCACUAUCAGUUCAUGCUACUUGGAUGUGCUUUGGUGUCUGAUGAAAACGCAGCGACAUAUUCAUGGGUCAUGCAAACGUGGUUGAAGGCGAUGGGUGGUCAGGCUCCGAAAAUUAUACUCACUGAGCAAGACAGGGUUUUGAAAUCUGUUAUUUCAGAUGUUUUGCCAUCCACUCUUCAUUUUUUCUCCUUGUGGCAUAUAAUGGGAAAGGUUUCAGAAACAUUGAAUAGUGUAAUCAAACAGAAUGAAAACUUCAUGUCUAAAUUCGAAAAAUGCAUUUAUAGGUCGUGGACAGAGGAGGAGUUCGAAAAGAGGUGGCUCAAGCUGGUGGAUAGAUUCGAACUGAAAGAGAACGAGUUGAUCCAGUCAUUGUAUGAAGAUCGCAAAAUAUGGGUGCCUAACUUUAUGAAAGAUGGAUUUUUUGCUGGGAUGUCGACCGGUCAACGAUCAGAUAGUGUGAAUUCUUUCUUUGACAAGUAUGUACAUAAGAAGACUACUGUGCAAGAGUUUGUUAAACAAUAUGAUGCCAUUCUGCAAGACAGGUAUGAAGAGGAAGCGAAGGCCACUUCUGAUACAUGGAACAAACAGCCUGCUUUAAAGUCUCCUUCACCUUUCGAGAAGCAUGUAGCUGGCCUAUACACUCAUGCUGUAUUUAGGAAAUUUCAAGUCGAGGUAUUGGGCGCGGUAGCAUGUAUUCCUAAGAAAGAGGAACAAGUUGAUGCGGUGGUUACUUUCAAAGUACAAGAUUAUGAAAGGAAUCAAGAAUUUGUUGUCACAUUGAACGAGUUGAAAUCUGAAGUAUCCUGCAUAUGCCGCUUGUUUGAAUUGCAAGGGUUCCUUUGUAGACAUGCAAUGAUUGUUCUUCAAAUCUGUGGCAUCUCAACAAUACCGUUGCAAUAUAUCUUGAAACGGUGGACGAAAGAUGCCAAGAGCAGAUACUCAAUCGAAGGGUCUGAACAGGUGCAGUCAAGGCUGCAGCGGUAUAAUGAUCUUUGUCAAAGGGCUAUGAAAUUGGGUGAAGAAGGGUCAUUAUCACAAGAGAGUUACAGUCUGUCUCUUCGUGCACUUGGUGAUGCUUUUGAGAACUGUUUGAAUGCGAACUACUCCAAUAAGAAUCUUCUAGAAGCUGGACCUUCUGCCUCCCCAGGUAUUUUGUGCAUCGAAGACGACAUUCAGAGUGGAAGUUUGAGCAAGACGAAUAAGAAGAAGAAUGCAACUAAGAAAAGAAAGGUUAACAUGGAGCCGGAUGUUAUUACAGUUGGCACGACAGAUAGCUUACAACAAAUUGAAAAACUGAGUUCUCGACCUGUAAAUCUGGACGGAUUUUUCGGUCAUCAUCAAAGUGCUCCGGGAAUGCUGAACUUAAUGGGUCCCACACGUGAUAGUUACUUCGGGAACCAACCUGCCAUUCAGGGACUAGGCCAGCUGAACUCCAUCGCACCUACCCAUGAUGGUUACUAUGGUUCUCAGCCUGCCAUGCCCGGAAUGGGGCAUAUGGAAUUUUUCCGCACUCCAAAUUUCGGCUAUGGUAUUCGGCAGGAUGAUCCUAAUGUGAGAUCUGCGCAGUUGCAUGACGACGCAACAAGACACGCGUGAGAAAAUAUCUCUCUCUCAAUUAAUGAUGCCGUUGUACAGAAGCGCAGUGGGCAGAUUCGUCGAACGCGUUGGUGUCCGUACAGACUGAUGUGUAUCAAGAGUUGGCCGAGUGAAUGAAGAAGUGUGCCAAAUGGGAGGAGCAUCUCCUGAUUUAACUUGUAUAGUAAGUGAACAUAGAUUAAGCAGCAGCGUGUAACUUCAUUGUCCCCGGCGACGAGCACUGCGCCGUGUUGUAGCGACAGUAGCUUUGUCGUCGCCGUCGCGGCAGCGACGAGCACUGCGCCCGUGUUGUAGCGAUAGUAGCAAGAUGUAUCUGUAGUUAAUUUACGGUAAAAUUUAGUAUUCCUAUGAAGAAGAGAGCAUUGCUGAGUUGAU